GUUAUCCAAAGACGUCGACACUGUGGACAGUGUGAUUCCAGUUUGUCUCAACGACAGCCUGGUCAUUGUGUCGGUUGCCGUUAUGGUCAUCGUUAUCAUCGUCGUUCAAACUCCCAUACUUAUAGCCGUUCUGGUUCCUAUUUGCAUCGCCUUCUUCAUCAUCCAGAGGUACCACAGACGUACAGUCAGACAGUUAAAGAGGAUUGAAUCCAACACCAGGUCUCCGGUGUUUACUCAUUUGAGUGAGACGUUUACCGGUGCAGUGAUUAUCAGGGCCUACGGGGCAACACAGAGAUUUAUACGAGAACUUGAAGAAAGGGUUGACCUAAACCAACUUCCCUCUUUUACCAGUCAAGCAGCUUACAGUUGGCUACAACUUGGAGUGGAUGGACUGGCCAAUGCCAUAGUCUUCCUCAGCAGUAUCUUUGUUAUUCUGGCAAGCGGUGAUGGCGGCGACAUCGGAUUGUCAGUGUCCACUACUCUACAGGUCUCAUCCAUGCUGACUUAUCUGAUCAGACAAAUCAAUGACUUUGAGUCCAGCAUUGUCUCAGUGGAACGGCUGACAGAAUAUUCGCACAUCGAACAAGAG